AUGAGAUUAAUUCCGUUAUUACUCCUUCUGAGUCAGUGGAGUCGUGUAACAGGAGAUGGGAAAGAGGAAGGAGAAUUAGGGAAUACCAACUCUACAAGCACAAUAAAAGCUAACACAUCGCAAUUUUUAAGGCCAAAGAAUCCACCAAAGUACUUUGGGAUUGAUAUUGACGGUACAUUACUUACCAGUGACGAAGAGGCAUGGGAGAAGAAUAUCGAGGCCUUUGCCAAAGUUAGGAAUGAGGGUUAUAUACCGUUCCUAUGCACGGGAAACUCCCUCCUCUUUUCAAGAAUAAAGCUUGGAACAAAGUUUGAAAAUAAAACUGGUUACCAGGGCUACCCAGGUGUAUACCAAAAUGGAGCCCUAGUGUACGAUGAGAAUGGCAAUGUAAUAUAUUCACAACCUUUUUCCAAAGAGUUUUUAAAGGUCACCCACGACUUCCUAGUCAAAAAUGGACUAACUGCAAAUAUUGUAUUCUACGACGGAGAAGAACUGUUUUCUCUUGUUGGUGAUGAUAACGUUUUAAAGAAUCUUUUUUCUGCGAAAUACACUGUUCUAAAAGUCUUGACAUUCGAGGAGAUUCUAAAGAAAAAUAUACUAAUGUUAAAGUAUCGAGAUUUUGAUUUCAAUGUUCCAGAGGCCGAGAAGGGCAUUGAUUACGUUGAGAAGAUGGACAUAAACGGAGCCCAUGAUGUAACUCCUCCCGGUGGAACAAAAGCUCUCGGAGUCACCAAAUUACUGGAGCACUAUAGCCUUUCUUCAGAAUACUGCGGAUUUAUUGGCGAUGGUUAUAAUGACAUAGAGGCCAUGAAUUUGUUUCCUUUAUCCUUUGCAGUAGCAAAUGCACCAGAUGAAGUUAAGAAGCACGCAAAGUUUGUGCUAGACAAGACAUGUGACCAAGCAGCGGUUGCAGAAGCCCUUAAACUCACAUAUGGGCUAUAACUUUUACGUUAUACAGAACCUAUUUCUGACAUCUAUGCAUAUUUUUAUAGAAUAAAGUGAGUUUAGGAGUCGUAUCCAUAAGUUUCCAUCUCCUU